UUUUGCUCACAUAUUAGUUACGCAAAGCUGAAUUUCUACGGUUGUUUUCCUUAAACUUUUGUUUUAUUCAUGUUAAUUCUUUAUCCAUAUUAUAUGAAGCUACCUUUACCCCCGCCUUUAUAAGACUGAUAGUUCUGAUAUAUUUUGGCUGUCAAAGUUGUUUAGAGUAGCCUAAUCGUUUGAUGUACUACCACGCACGAGCUGCUUUAGGCCAGCGACUCACUACCAGACGGGGGCGAGGACAUGGACGCGCAAUCGGAGGUUGUUAAGCGGCUGCGGGAGUCGUUUCGCUCGGGCGUCUCCCUGCCGGAGAACUUCCGAAGGACCCAGCUGGAGGCCAUGGUGGCGCUGCUCAGGGAGAACGAGCAGCGGGUUUUGGACGCGAUGCACCAGGACCUGGCCAAGCCCAAGUUCGAGGUGGUUCUCUCGGAGAUUGACAUCGUGAUGAAUGAGCUGCGCUUCGCCAUCAGCAACCUCAAGACCUGGAUGAUGCCGGAGUACGUGGGGAAAAACCUGGCGACAAAGAUGGAUGACUGCUUUGUUCGUAGGGAGCCACUUGGCGUCGUGUUGAUAAUUGGCGCCUGGAAUUACCCCCUUCAGCUUAUUUUGUUGCCCCUAAUUGGGGCAAUAUCUGCAGGUAACUGUGCUGUUGUGAAGCCCUCUGAAGUCAGUCCAGCGACGGAGAAGCUUCUCGCUGAGCUGAUUCCUAAAUACCUGUCCCCGGCCUGCUACGCAGUACUGUGUGGCGGAGUCGAAGAGACAAAGAAACUAUUGGAGAUAAAGUUUGAUCACAUUUUCUUCACAGGUUCCCAGUCGGUGGCCCGCAAGAUUCUCCAGGCCGCAGCGGUGCACCUGACCCCUGUCACCCUGGAGCUGGGGGGGAAGUGUCCUUGCUUAAUUUACGGAGAUCUGGACGUCCAGGCGGCGGCCAAGAGGCUUGCCUGGGCCAAGUUCUUUAACGUGGGCCAGAGCUGCGUGGCUCCGGACUACGUGCUGUGUAGCCAGAAGAUGCGGGAGGCUCUUGUGCCGGCCCUCCGGAAGACGCUGGAAACCUUCUACAGCUCUUGCCCGCAGAAGAGCCCAGACAUGGCCCGCCUGAUCUCCCAAAGGCACUGGGCGCGGCUCUGCGACAUGCUGCAGAGAUCUAAGGGGACGGUCGUGAUCGGAGGGGAGACGGCAGAGGAAGAGAAGUACAUCGCCCCUACUGUGGUGGUGGAUGUCAAGGAGACGGACUCACUCAUGGUGGACGAGAUCUUCGGCCCGAUUCUGCCAAUCAUCACCAUCGAGACCCUGGGGGAGGCGAUUAACUUCGUCAACGCGCGAGAGAAGCCGCUCGCCCUGUACAUUUUCUCGGAUGACUCUGAGGUGGUCACUGCGGUUUUGGAGCGAACCAGCAGUGGCGGUUUCUGCUCCAACGACGGCAUGGUUCACAUGUGCCUCCCAGGAUUGCCGUUCGGAGGCAUGGGUGCCAGUGGGAUGGGCAACUAUCACGGGCGUUGGGGGUUCGAGACGUUCAGCCAUCGCCGUGGGUGCAUGCUCCGCGGCUGGGCUUUGGAACGGAUCAACGUGCUGCGCUACCCGCCGUACACCGAGAGCAACUUGGGCUGGCUGCGUUGGGCCACUGGUACCAAAAAGAGCUGGGACAGUUGCUCGGUCCUGUAAGCCAUCUGCAGACAGUUAGCAGAAGCUAAACAUCUAGCUGGUGACCUGGACUGGUUACCACACCUCUGAACUCCUCAGAACAUCAACUUUCUAAAAUUCAUUUUUAACACGAGAUUUAAUGACGUUUUCAUUACAAUAUGGUGUUUGUCCCUCUGUGAGCAAACUCCUCGUACCUCUGUGCCAUAUUUGGUGGGGGUCUGCAGCUGGUCAUUUCAUCCGUUGCGCUUCACUGAUGUUAGUUGCGAGACUUUCUCUUGUUGCUAAGCUCACCCUUAAAUCACUCGAAUGGCUGAGCAUGUUCAUGGUGCGGAAAUGGGGCUUUAAAUGUACUUUUAACGUUUUCAACUGUGCCAGGACCUGCGACUGCUUUAAGAUGCCGUCAUAAAUGUUGCAUGUCUGUGUGUGUAACAUAUCUCCAGUGGGGGGGACCCCCUUUGUUUCUUAAACAAAUUGCAUUUGUUUAAUAAAUGACUCACAUCAAACCUG